UGUCUCUGGCCUCACCGGCAGCACCGUCGGCCACAUCAAUGCCAUCUCCCUGCUCGUCGCCUUCUCCACGCUGGCGUCCAGUCGCGCUUGAAUCCACGCCCCGCGCCCCUCCUCUCCUUCGCGAUCCUCGUGCUCCCCCUCCUGCUUGGCAUGACGCUGCUGGCGAACGCGCCAGGGGUGCUGAUUGUGGGGCUGGGCGCGGCGGCGGCUGGGCUGUACGCGAAGGCGCCGAAGGAGCUGGACUCGCCGCUACCGAGCCGAUCGCCAGCGCCCUCGGCCGCGUUCUCGACGUCGCCUGCGCGCGUCCCGCCGCUCCCCGCGCUCUCGACCUUCCGCGCGCACAUGCUGCUCAUGACCAUCCUCGCCAUCCUCGCGGUCGACUUUCCCGUCUUCCCGCGCGAGCUCGCAAAGUGCGAGACGUACGGGGUGUCGCUGAUGGACGUCGGCGUCGGCUCCUUCGUCUUUGCUGCAGGCAUAGUCUCCGCACUACCCAUCCUCAAGGAUCCCACCUACCUCCGCGCGCCCACGCCCCCCAAAGUCCUCUCCGUCGCGCGCAAGGCAGCGCCGAUCAUCGCCCUCGGCCUCGUGCGCGUCGCGCUGGUCAAGGGGACUGAAUAUCCCGAACACGUCACGGAGUAUGGCGUACAUUGGAACUUCUUCAUCACGUUAGCGGUCGUGCCGGUGCUACAAGUCUUGUUGCACCCGGUGAUCGCGCGCGGCGCGUCGGUAUCGUGGUUGGCGGUGCUCGUAGGGAUGACUCAACAAGCUCUCCUUACUGUCGGCGGCUUGGACCGAUAUGUACUCUACGCCCCAAGAGCGACUUUGUUAAGCCAGAACAAGGAGGGGAUUGUGUCUUUGCUAGGCUACCUCUCCCUCCACCUCCUCGGCCUCGCGACUGGCACGCUCAUCCUCCCACCCUCGCCCUCGUACUUCCGCCGGAUGCAGCGCGCGCCAUUGAGUGACCCACCCAGCGCUACCCACUCGAAGAAGGACGACGAUGCCGCUCGGAAAUCAUACGACAGUGCUGCCCCGUUCACAAGCGGGACGAACGACAAGCCCCUCCCACCACUGUCGCUCCCACGCGAGGACGACAAGACGGCGACGGAGCUGUUCGGGUACACGCUCCUGUGGUGGGCGCUGUUCUACAUUGCCAGAUACUUCAAGGUCGGUGGGCAGGACGUGUCGAGAAGAAUGGUCAACCUCCCCUACAUCCUCUGGGUCGCCGCCUACAACACUACUGCCCUCCUCGGCUAUUUCGCCCUCGACCUACUGUUCUUUCCCCGCCUGGAGCGUUAUGACCCGACGUCGGGGCUUAAGCGCUCGCCGGGUGCGGGUGCGGGUGCGAAGGCAUAUGCGCAAGCGCGAGCCCCUGCGCUGCUCGAAGCGAUCAAUAAGAACGGGCUGGCGUUGUUCUUGUUGGCCAACCUCCUCACCGGGGCCAUCAACCUGACGACGCAGACGAUGUACGCGUCGAAUACGAAGGCCAUGGUCAUCCUGACCGCGUAUGCGGGGGUCGUGUGCUGGGUCGCGUGGGCGGUCAGGGGUAGGAGGGUGGUGAAGUUGUGAGUAAUGUACGGUGCGCUGAAUAGGGUAGUGAAAGCAAUUGAUACUCGCCACCUGUGGAUUGCACGGACAGAGUACUAUAUCAUUGGUCUUUUCCAUGUGUACAACGCGAGAAGAGCUGCGUAGCCAAGGAAAACAUACAUUCUACUGCGCCAUAGGUGGAAGGUAAUCGAGUACAUGCAAACGCAAAUACCCAUCC